UGAAUUAUCCAAAAUGUGAUGUAGGUAAUGAAGCAGGACGUGUUUAUAGCAACAGUAAAGCACGUCGUUAAAUCGAAUAAAAAUGCAAUUAUUAUAAUAAACAUAAACACGAAAUUUAUAAACCAUAGUUAAACCUAAAAAGAACACUGAAAAAAUAUUCACAUAAGACGCCGAUCUUCCAGUCGUCAAUAACGCAACCCUUUUUCUUGCUGAUCUUAAGCAUCUCUGUGCAUGUUCUGCGAGUGUCUUGUGUGUAGUGUUUGUGUCCUGUGUUCGUAUGUUCUUAACUCUUCCUUCUUACUCUUGUUCGAACAGUUUUUAAACAGAUGUUUUUCCCAACGGAAAUCCUAACUUUUUGAAAACAGAAAUGGAUUCGCCCAUCCAGUUAUAUUCUCAAAAGAAAUCAGUGUCGUACUAAUCACAAACUUACAAAUUAAUCGGGGGUAGUAUGGAAAAUGUGCGGUUGAUCGUCGACGGGCAAACUCCAAUUUCGAUUAAAUGGUGCAAUAACCCCGACACCAACGAUUUUUUAAACACAAGUCUUUUUUACAUCGGAGGAGGUAUCGUUGUUGGAUAUGUACUGUCUACACUCACUGCUUACAAAGGAUGUGUAGCAUUUGGAACCACGAUGGGUUGUGGCAUGACAUUAAACUACUGGGAUGGCAAAAAACAAACUCCUUCCAGAAAAGUCUUGUUCAACACUGACGGUAUCCACGCAGCAGAAAAUGAACCACUAACAGAAACUACAUAAAAAACUAUUCCAUUCAAAUUAACAACAAAAUUAUAGUUUUUAAUUGUGUCUAUA